AUGACUGCCAUCCAACGCAAUGGGACCUGGGAUGAGUAUUCAUCGCAUGGCUCGUCGGUGCCUUCUCCCCGGACGGUCAAACAGUGGCCUCAGGCCCCCGCGAUAAGACCAUCAAGCUCUGGGAUGCCAGACCGGCCUAGACAUCAGACGCUCAAGGGCCAUACAAGUUCAGUUGGGUCGGCGGCCUUCUCCCCGAACGGUCAAACAAUGGUCUCAGGCUCCGGCGAUAAGACCAUCAAGCUCUGGGACGCCAAGACCCGCCUGGAACGCCAGACGCUCGAUGAGCGCAAGGAUAAUUGCAUCCCAACUUCACAUACCUGUGUCCCUCAAAUAUCUUUGGUAAACCACUGGGUGAUUGUUGGAGGUCAAAAAGCACUGUGGCUCCCUUCUGAGUAUCGCCACUAG